AAAAAACAUACAAUUAUAAAAAAAAAGUGACACACACGCCAUAAUGUAAAUUGCUUCUGGACUUGGCGUUUGAGUUAAAAAUUUACAAUUUCGUGUUAAAUAGUUGCUAUUUUAAUGGAUAAAUACGGCAUUUAAAAUGUCCUGCGUUAAUAUUGGCUAAGGCUUAUUGCAAUGGCUCAAUAUUAUCAGAUAGUUGGACAAGCCGGACGCACGACACUUACUCUUGAAGAUCUACAAAGAUAUUGUCCUAAUAUUUGCUUGGUUAAUCAAGAUGAUCAGCAGUAUUCUCAACAACAGGUGGUGGUCCAGCCAGCAGAUCAGCCUAAUGAUAUCAUAGUAAGCGAAGGAGUCCAACCUCAAUUAGUUGUGGGCGAUGGUGGCCUGCAGUACCAGCAGCAGUACAUCAUCCGCCAUGAGCCCCCACCACCACCCCCGCCUACGGACUUCCAACAACAACAACAACAGCAGCAACAGCAACAACAACAGCACCAGCAGGCGUUGCACAGACAAGUUUACUACACAUCUGAUUUACCAGUGGAUGCUCAGGUUGUCUUGCAACAGGCUCAGCAAAUCAUUGACGCAUCUAUGAUGCAACAGUCUUCUCCACAACACCCUCAACAUCUGGUGAGCCCGGCGCAUGUGCUGUCUCAGCCGACGGUGAUACACCCGGCGCAGCAGCCGCCGCCGCAGCCCCCGCCCCCUCCGCCGCCGCAACAUGCCCCGCAGCCGCCGCAACAACAACAAAUGCCGCGGGCAGCCACGCAGCAAUCCCAACUUAUGCAGCAACUGCAGCAGCACCAGCACAACAUACACAUGCAGCAGUUGCAGCAACAGCAAUUGCAGCAGCAUUUACAACAGCAGCAGCAACAGCAUCAGCAACAUAUUCCGCAGCAGCAAAUUCAGCAUCAGCAAGUUGUGAUGCACGCGGCGUAUAUUAACCAAGCUGGUACACCAACUCGCCAAGCGCCCCCAAAGCUUCUCAACCAAGCGCUAAGCAACCCGGGUUCUGUGACCCUCGUACGGACGCCAGUGCGGACUGUACGGCCGCGGCGGCCGGCCGUGCGCCCGCCUUUGCCCAACCCACAGAUGCAGGCGCGUCUGCUGAACCCCCAGCACCAGCAGGGUACUGUGGGUUCGGUGACGCUGCCGGUGCGACCGCCCACGUCAGGCCCACAGAUGCAGGCGCGACUUCUGAACCCCCAGCAGGGUGUGGGCAGCGUGACGCUAGGCGGCACUAGCGCGCUGCGCGUGAGCACGCCGCGCGCGACGGCGCGGGCGCCGGGCGUGGCGGGCGGCGUGCGCGCCGAGCCGCGCCUGCUCAACCCGCACGCGCAGCAACACCGCCCCCCAAGACCGCGCACUCCCAUCAACCAACAGCAGCAGCACCAGCAACACCAGCUUUCCUCGCACGUGAACCAGCUCGUGAACCAACAACAGGCUAUGAACCAGCAACAAGUUCACCAGCAACAACAACAACAACAGUUUAAUCAACUGAAGCUCGCUACCCAACAACAACAACUCCUACUUAACCAGCAAAAUCAAAAUCAAGCGACGCGCAUCAUAACCCAACAAGGAACGAUCGUGACACAAGGAAACCAGUCUAUGAUGCAACACAACGUAGUCCAACAGCCACAACAACCAAAUCAGAAUGGUCCCAUGCAGAACACCCUCACUGUGAUACCUCAGCGUUCCUCCCCUCACCCACAACAACAACAACAACAGUCGAAGAAAGUAAUCGUUCAACCGAAUAACGCUAAUGACAUGGAUGAUCUUGAGGAGAGCAUAACAGCCGCUAUACUAACGAAACAUACUGUCAACGAACCUACUAUACCACAGCAGUACCAUUCACCAUCGCCGCAGAUACGACCGCAGGCUUCGACGCAUCAGCAAAUGAAUUACAGUCCGCAGUUGGGCUAUCAGCAGCAGAUGUACGAGCAGCAGCCGCAUACGCACCAAAUGUUGAUGGACACGGACGCGGAGGAUGAGCGGCAGCUGCUGACGCUCUCUACUGGGCAGAGGAUGACGUUGGCCGAGUACAAGCGGAUCCACCAGCCCGGCAUGCGUGUGCCGGGGGCGCAGCCUCAACUGCAACAACCUAGGGAUAAUGGCCGUCAAACGCUGGUGCGUAGCAAAGAGCAGCAACGGCCGGUGCAACGCGUACCUCCUAUGCAAUCACAACAAGUGCCUCAGCAUGACAACAAUGAGCCACCUAGUGGACCGUCAGAGCAGUCAUCGGAACCCCAGUCAGCCAAAAUGUUGAUAUUCCUACAAAAUGGUGAACAGAGACUUAUCACGUUUACACUGCCAAAGGAAAGUUGUACGCUCCAAGAGGUUUUAGAACAGGUGAAUGUUCCAUUUUCCGAAGAUACUCAUAUACAAUGUAUGCAAAACACAAGCAGCGAGAUUGAUUACUUUGUGUCAGUUGGCUCGACUUCCAGAAUUGAAGACUUGCUGGAAAACCAUCCGAUGCUAGUUGGCGAUAUGAGCAGUCGAAGUUCGCCUAAUGUGUCUUUGCAACCUCAAAGCAGUGAAAUGUCUACCCCAGAAAAGUCUUCAUGCCCUGAAACUGCGAGUCAAAGCCCAGAAUCUCCCGCGCACACACCCCCGCCGCGCUACGUAGACGGUAUGCUCGCGCUCUGCAAGACGUGCGGCUACACGGGGUUCGACUUCAGUCGCUGCGAAAGAUGUAAACGAGUAUUCACAGAAGAACCUAAAAGUGUACCAAUAGCAAGUAAGAAAGUAGAACAAAAGAAAAAGGACCCCGAGAAAUUAAUUUUAGAAAAACAAAACUGUGGCGAUGGAAUAAAAUUAAACUUAUUAAAAACUACAGUGAAGAAUUUAAAUAGUAAAACGCCUGUUCAAGAUAAAAAACCACCCAGAGUGAGAAAGCCCAGAGGGAAACAACCAGAUCCGGAACCUGUUAUACUGACAUUAAGCUCUGACGAAGAAGAUUCCAACAGUUCUCUUCUGAGCAACCAGCAUGAACAUUCCAUAAUGAUGAAGGAACCCUCUAUGAGCGAAAUCGAAAGUGGCACACCUGACAGCGGCAUUGGGAUGGAUCAAAUGGAUGACGCCAGCAGAGACGAGAUUAGCCAGAGCACCAUGCAAGAUGCGAUUGCAUCUCUCACAUGCCGCACCAUCAGGAUUGGCUCAUAUAAAUAUACUCCAAAAGAAAAGGUCACUAUCUCAUCCAAAGGAGUUAAAAUAGUUGCUCCCUCACUUAAAGAUGAGUCCCGAGAUGUGGCACUUCAAAUACAGCUGAAAGAGGUUGUGAGAUUAUUAGCACAUUUCUCUAAAGGUGUACCGGUCAUUUUCCUCUAUACUGUUAAUAAGUGUGGGAUUUAUAUAAGAAAAGCCCUUGACAUGACGGAGGAGUCAGGUCCAUAUUAUAAUCCUAUGUCAAAAAUCGAUCCCCAAAGAAGAAUAACAUUGUUGCCGGACUGUAUAACAGAAGAAGCAAAGUCAGCGUUUAAAAUACUGUUUGGCAAAACUAUGGACGAGCUGAAUGGUCGCGAGGCUAACGAUAUUUUGGUCAGAACGUGUACGAAAGAAGGCAACAGCGUUACCAAGAUGGCCACGCGGUCGACAAGUGCUUCCAGUACUAGUGGAGCUAAAAGCUCUGGCCCUACAGAUAUAAGACAAAUAUUAAUUUAUCCACCUGGGAAAGGUGGUAUACCUAUCAAUACAGAAGACUAUAUGUGCCUAGCCCAAGACCAAUUCUUAAAUGACGUGAUAAUAGACUUCUAUUUAAAAUAUUUAGUUCAUGAUGUCCUCACACACAUACAGAGAGAAAAGACUCACAUAUUUAGUACUUUCUUUUACAAAAGACUAACUACAAAACCGAGUAAGGUUAACAAAAGUUCUAACCCCCACGAGUGGGACAGCAGUCUGACGCCGGCGCAGAAGAGGCACGCGCGAGUCAAGACGUGGACUAAAAACGUGAAUAUAUUUGAAAAAGACUUCAUCGUAGUUCCUAUUAAUGAGAAUUGUCAUUGGUUUGUGGCUAUCAUAUGUUUUCCCACUAUCGAGGGAUGCCGGAGUAUGAUAGACAACCGGACGGUUACACCGCAGGAGAUUAGGAAAAGAGAACGGCGGUCGUCUAUGCAGAUAGGCAACACCACGAUAACGCCGCUGACCAAACAGGAGCAGCUUACAUUAAGUUGCGACUCGGACAAUCUCAGCGAGCGAGACGAGGCUGAAGCAGAGGAGAGCGACUUGGACAUGCAGUGCGAUUCUGACGAGGAGGAGGCCGAGGCGGCCGCGGCCGCGCCCGAGAAGGUUGAGGCUCCGCCGCCGACCAAGACGGAACCUAUUAAGCAACCCUGUAUACUAAUCUUCGAUUCCCUCGCCGGCGCGUCCAGGUCACGAGUGGUGGCUACUUUGCGAGAUUACUUGACCUGUGAAUAUCAAGCAAAGCUCUCGGCUACGAAAGUGUUCAACAAAGAUAACAUCAAAGGAAGCUGUCCCAAAAUCCCGCAACAAAACAAUUUCACCGAUUGCGGGCUCUAUCUGCUGCAAUACGUGGAACAGUUCUUCAAGGAUCCAGUAAAAGACUACGCGCUGCCGAUCAAACAGUUGGUGAAUUGGUUCGACGAAAUCGUAGUGACGCGGAAGCGAGAAGAGAUAUCCUUGUUGCUGAAGGCGCUCAUGAACCGCUAUAAUCCGGACUCGCAUUUGGCGCUGCCCGACAUUGCGUUUCCGACCCUCAACGGCAAAUUGGUCGAGACUGAAGAACACCAAGAUGAAUCAGACGGAGACAAAGCGAAUUCCAGCACAAGCAAAAUCAUCAAAACGGAACUAAAGGAGGCAGAAGGCGGAACAAUGCUCACUUUCGUCAAACAAAUAUCAGGUGACAUCCUACUGAAGCCCAACUUCUCGGAUGCUGCUGACGCGCUGCUCCGCAAAACCAUCAGGAUCUCAGGCGACGCAGAAAACAGACUCCAACUCAAACCGGGGUUCAUUAAAAAGGGUGACAAUGAAAAUCAAAUUCUGAUCCCUAUCAAACUCCACUCUAGCAGUGAAUUAGUUAAAGACAUUCAAAAUACGUUACUAGUUAAUAAGAAUAAAAGUAUGGGUGAUAAAAAACAUGGUGUAAAUAAUCAAAAUGUAUCCAGUGUGCACUUCAGACAGACCGUGAGUGAAAGUGACGGCAAUUCAUUCCUAAAGACGCGGCGGAUCAACAAACUAGACGACGUCAAUGAAACCAGCAAAAAAUUCAAACGGAAUGAAUGCUAACUGUUGCCUGUCCAUACCAUAUCUAUUAAAUUAUUAUUAAUUUAAUAAACUGUAAAGUUGUUACAUGGACUCUGUAAAUAUUAGUUAAUAAUUAACAUGUAUUAAAUUUACUGUAUUUUAUAAUGUAAAGAUUUAAAAUUAACUUGUGUAAUUAUAUUAGUUUCCACAAAAUAUAAACCUGGAGGUUAAGUUA